AUGGUCCUCGACGACCUCGGCGCGGAGCCCGGCGCGGCGGCGCUGAUGGGCUCCGCGGAUCCGCGCGUGGCGGCGCAGGCGCGCGCGCAGCAGCGGAAGAAGGGGAAGAGCAAGUGGGGAGACACUGCUUUCGGGGGCGUGGAGGACGUGGCGCGCGCCGAGGAGGACUUCCAGGGCGAGGAGGAGGAGCAGGAGGCAAUGGAGCCGUUCAACCUGCAGCAGGAGCGCGAGGAGGGGUACUUUGAUGCCGAGGGCAACUAUGUGGAAUACAGAGAGGACACCGAGGCCACGGUGAGUGCAGGGAGGGAAGAGAGGCCACGCACGGCAGCACCACGCACCCUGGCAGUGGUGUGGCCCCUCUCAUGCCGUUCUCCCCUCUCGUGCACUCCUCUCCUCCCCUCUCCCCGUUUCCUCUCUCCCCCCAUCCUCUCACACUCCCUCCCCCCCUUGCAGGAUGGCUGGCUGGCGGCCAAGGCAGCAGCGCGCACAGGCAGCAGCGCGCACAGGCAGCAGCGCGCACAGGCAGCAGCGCGCACAGGCAGCAGCGCGACCCCUUCACAUUCUCACCUCCCAUCUUCCCCGCCUCUCCUUUGCCCAUCUCCCCCCUCUUCCCAUCUCCCUCUUCCCCCUCCCACGACGCAUGGCCGGCAACAGCAGAGGUGGGCCCCACCUUGGCCGCCAAGGCAGCAGCACGACCCCUCCACGCAUACUCACUCCAGCACGAGCAUGGAGGAUGGCAGCGACGCCGACGACUGGGAGGAGCCCGCCCGCCACGCCGCCAACGGCGCCGCGGAGGCGAUCGGCAACGACUCCGCUGAAGCCGCGUCUCCGGCCGGCACGGACCGCCGCGACUCCCCCAGUCGCGACGACUCGCAGUCGCAAUCGCCGUCGCGGUCGUCGCGAUCGUUGUCGUCGCAGUCGUCUAGGUCGUCGGCGUCGUCGCGAUCAUCGCACAGCGACGCGGAGAGUGAAGAUCGAGGCGCUGGGGACGAGAGGAGGGAAGGCAAUGGGGAGAGAGAGGAGGAGAAGGAAGGCGGGUAUGACGGGGAAGGGCUAGACGGGGAUGUGAAGGGCAGCGGUGUCGAGGAGUCGACGGGACGAGACCCGCAGGGUGAUGCGCGCGAGGGCGGCGAGCAGGGGGGGAUGGCGGAUGGGGGGACGGGGCUGGGCGUGACCCUGGACUUUGACGAGGACGAUGGGAGUGACUAUAGCGAGUCCAGCGACGGCGAGGGAGGCGGGUCGGGGAGUGACAGAAGCGGAGAGGAGUGGCAAGUAAACGAGGGGGGGGAGCAGGAGCAUGCGAGUGGCGUGAAGCGGAAGGAGCGAGGCGCGGGCGAGGCAGCAGAGGGGGAUGAGCGGCCGGCGAAGCGGAUGGAGGCAGGUGAGGGCGGGGCAGGCGGGGCGGAGGGUGAGGGGCUGCUGGUGCGCGUGGUGGCGGACCACUACAGCCGGCGCGACAACCAGCAGCGGCACGAGCGCGAGGCGAGUCCCAUCAUCCACCUGAAGAAGCUCAACAACUGGAUCAAGUCCGUGCUCAUCCGCCUCCACACCCACCCCGCCCGUGGCGCGCGCGUGCUGGACCUGGCGUGCGGCAAGGGCGGCGACCUGACCAAGUGGGCGCGCGUCAACGUGGGCUUCUACCUCGGAGUGGACGUGGCGGAGGGCUCCGUGCACGACGCCAUGGCGCGCUACAACGGCGACUCGCACCGCUCCUUCGCCGGGGGAGACGGGGCGGACAGCGACCGGCGGCAGAUGCGGUUCCCGGCGAAGCUGGCGUGUGCGGACUGCUUCGGCGUGGCGCUGGACCGCGAGCUGCUGCCGUGGGCGCCCUUUGACAUCUGCUCCACGCAGUUCGCGCUGCACUACUCCUUCGAGACCGAGCAGCGCGCUCGCUGCGGGCUGCGCAACAUCGCGGCGCUGCUGCGGCCGGGCGGCAUGUUCAUCGGCACCAUCCCCGACGCCAACGUGCUCGUGCAGAAAUUACGAGCCUCGCCGAACCUCAGGUUCGGCAACUCCGUCUACUCGAUAGAAUUCGCCCCGGAGUUCGCAGACAAGAAGUUCCCGUCAACCCGGCCGUACGGCAUCCGGUACGAGUUCCGGCUGGAGGACGCGGUGGACUGCCCCGAGUGGCUCGUGCCGUUCGCCUUCCUGCAGCGCCUGGCGGGCGAGUACGGGCUGCAGGCACUCUACCACGCCAACUUCCACACCUUCAUCAAGACGCACGCCGCCGUCGAGCCGCACGCGUCGCUGCUGCGCCGCAUUGCGGGCGAGCGGUGGCGCGAGGAGAUGACGGCGGACGAGUGGGACGCUGCUUACCUCUACUGCGUGUUUGUCUUCCGCAAGGAGGGCCAAGGGGGGCCUGAGGGGGGUGGCGCUGCAGGGGAGAGGAGGGAGGAGGUUAUUAGGAGAAUGGAAAUUCCGCCAUUGCCGUUCCCUGUCGCGCACGCCACACGCGCCGGCAUGGGCGAUUUCCCCCCCCAUCCUCGCCACCGCCCACGCGCGCUCUCUCUUCUUCUUGCCGCUCCGCUGCUCCUCCUCCUCCCCGCGCUCGCGUGCGUUAGCCCUCCUCCCCCACUCGCCUCACUCCUUUCCUCCCUGUCCCUCGCCCUCCCCGCUCUCUCCGCGUGCUUCUCCUCUCCCCUUCCUCCGCCCCCGCCGCUGCUUCCCAUCCCCACGGCGCGCCAGCUGACACGUCAGCGUGCUGAGCUGGCGGCGUUCUUCCACGUGGGCAUGAACACGUUCACGGACCGCGAGUGGGGCACGGGGCGCGAGGACCCGCGGCUGUUCAACCCGGCGGCGCUCAACGCGUCGCAGUGGGUCGACACCGUCAAGGCCGCCGGCUUCCAGCUGGUGGUGCUGACAGCCAAGCACCACGACGGCUUCUGCCUGUGGCCCUCGGCGCUCACCAACCACUCUGUGCGCCGCUCGCCCUGGAAGGCCGGUCAAGGUGACGUCGUUGCUGACGUGGCGGCGGCGGCGCGGGCGGCGGGAGUGGGGCUGGGGUUGUAUCUGUCGCCGUGGGACCGCAACGCGCGGGCGUAUGAGGAGGGCAGUGCGGCGUACAACGCCUUGUACGAGGGGCAGCUGAGGGAGCUGCUCACUCGCUACGGGCCCGUGGCGGAGGUGUGGCUGGACGGCGCCAAGGGGGACCGCCGCCCCAUGACCUACCACACUGCCACGUGGCAGGCUCUCAUUCGGCAGCUGCAGCCGGCAGCAGCGGUGUUUUCAGCGCAGGGCCCCGACUUGCGGUGGGCGGGCAACGAGCGCGGCGAGGCGGGCGAGGCGUGCUGGGGGAUGGUGAACGGCAGCCAGCUCACGCUGGAGGGGUGGGACACCCACUACCUGAACCACGGUGACGUGGCGGGCACGGAUUGGAUGCCAGCGGAGUGUGACGUGUCCAUCCGCCCGGGGUGGUUCUGGCACCCCUCAGAGCGCCCCAAGCCGCUCGCCCGCCUGCUGGACCUCUAUUUCGCCUCGGUGGGGCGCGGGUGUGCGCUGCUGCUGAACGUGCCGCCCAACACCACGGGGCUGCUGCAUGGGGAGGACGUGCAGCGCGUGGGACAGUUUGGCCCCGCGCUUCAAGUGCUGUUCCAGGAGGACGUCAGCGCCGGUGCUCGCGUGCUCGCCAGCAGCGUGUAUGGCUGCGAGGGGGGGUGGAGGCAGAAGGAAGAGGAGGAGAGGGGUUUACGAAGGGAAUGGUUUGGGAUGGGGUUAUGGGGAUGGUGGGGGGGUUGGGUGCGAGGGAGAGGGCGGUGUGAUUACGGGCCUGAGAACGUGCUGAGUGCUGGAGAUGCAACCUUCUGGGCGGCUCAGGAUGGGGUGCUGUCUGCUACUCUUGAGUUCGACCUCGGGCAGGGAAAAACUUUCCAUGUGGUUCGGCUGGAGGAGCCUGUGGCGUAUGGGCAGAGAAUAAAAUCGUUCACUGUAGAGGUGAUCGACCCAGACCCUGCUGCUGCACCCGCCGCCGCUCCAGCUGCCCCUGUGGCCCAAGUUGGUGGUGCCGGUGCUGGCGGGUGUGGGCCAGGCGGGUGCAAUACCGAGGAUGGUGUGCUGCCGUCCCUGCCUGGUGUGCCGAGCCUGGGUGAGCCUGCGCUCCACACAUCGCAUGGCCCGCAAGCGGCAGCACGCAGCAUGCUGGAGAGGACGGGGAGUGCGGGGAGGGCGGGCGAGUGGAGGGUGGUGGCGAGGGGCAGCACGGUGGGGCGCAAGAGGCUGUUUCGGUUGGAAGCGGUGAGAGCGCAGCAUGUGAGGCUCGUCAUUCACGAUGCCAGGGCUGCCCCGCUGCUCUCCUUCUUUGCGCUCUACAGGAGUGGUGAUUUGAGCACCAUAUGA